UUUCUUCUUCAACAGAAUUUGCAAAUUUGUAAUUAUUAAACUGUAUUUAAUUUGUAAUUUCUGAUUAAUUAUUUCCUACACUUUGGUACGAUGGAGUCGACCUGUUUCUUCUGUCACUUGACGUAUUGCUCGACCCUGACGCUAGAAGCGAAGAAGAAGAUGAACAAGUUGUUUUUGACUUAUCUCGAGGCCAUUAAUUUGUCCACGGUCGAAAUCCAGGAUGCCGUCAACCUCGCCAAAGUCCCCUUUCACGCCUGUCCCCCCUGCCUCACCACGCUCCAAAAAAUCUCCUCUUACAUUCUCCAGCUGGAAGAAGAAAUGAAGAAAAUCUGCAUAACCAUUUCGCAACAUUGUGGAGAUGGGGGACUGGUCGGUCGACUUGCAGAAUUAAGGGGGCACGUCAUGGCAAGAUCGAGACCAAAAGUGGAGCUGAAUUUGAAAGGUGUGACCUCUACUUAUCAACCGUCACCGGUACUGUUCACUGACCCAGAUCCAAGUAAACUUCCCCCAGCCCAACGUAGAAUUCUACCCGCUCCACAAAUAAUUCAACCCGCUCCACAAAUAAUUCAACCCGCUCAACGUUUAAUUCACCCAGCUCAACGUAGAAUUCUGCCAGCUCCAAGUAUAAUUGACCCCGCUACAAAAAUAAUUUCCCCCGCUCCACAAGUAAUUCCCCCCGCUCCACAAAUAAUUCAACCCGCUCAACGUUUAAUUCAACCCGCUCCACGUUUAAUUCACCCUGUUGACCCUAAACCAUCCGAGAUUAUGACUGUCCUCGUUGAUCCUAAACCAUUGAAGUUGGAAAAUGACGCUGUAAUUAAGCUGGAAAAUGACGCUGAAAUUAAGCUAGAAAAUGACUAUGAAUUGGAAUUGGAAACUGACCUUGAAUUGAAGCUGGAAACUGACCCCGCGAAAGAAGCCGAAGUUGACCUCGACGACUUCAUGAUCAAUCCAGAUGGCAAUGACGACAUGGACGUAGAUCUUUCCGAAGAUCCUUUGUCCGUUUCGACAGAAGCACCUCCGCCUCCGCCGAAACGACGUCUCGGCCGCCCGUUGAAAUAUAAUCCCUACCCUCCAGGAUGGAGAAAGACGUUCGGCGGGGUUGAUGUCACCCGCGUGGAUCACCGAUACACGAGCGGCUUCCAGUGUGGAAGAUGCAAGUUUAAGCACCAAAUUUGGAAGCAUAUGAAGAACCACAUCUUACAAAAACAUGGAUCUGUUUUAGAGGCUUUCAAGUUCAAAUGCUCCUCAUGUGGCGUCUUAUAUGCGACGGAAGAACUUCUCUCAACCCAUAUCACAUACAAGCACACGGUCCACUCUUGCGGAAAUUGUGAUUUUACUUGCACGUUCCUCAGCCAACUUGACCGCCACAUUAGCGAGACCCACCCAGAACGUUUAAAGUGUCCCAAGUGUGGGAAAAUCGUCUCGUCCCUAUCGCAGUUUGACAUGCAUGUUGAAAACUGUCGGGUUGGUGUCGAAAUGGACGAUACAAAGUUUCUGCGACCUACCAGCGUGCAAACGUCCGCCACAACGUGGACGUAUCUCGACGUCGACAUGUCCCAGGUUGACGACAAGAUCCUCUGCAGCCAGUGCGAUUUCUCAUAUCCUAAAAAGUAUCAUGUCAUGAAGCACAUUCGCGCUACUCAUACAAAACACCUGCCGUUCAGAUGUCCCAACACCGUGUGCGGCUGGCCCUUCGCGAACCAAACUUUGCUCGACGAACACCUCGCCAGCACGGGACACGGCCCCCAAGUCUGCGACAUUUGUGGGAAAGUAGUCAUCUCCAAACACACCCUGCAGAAUCAUGUCAGACUUGUCCAUGAGAAACAGGAUCGCUUCAUCUGCACGACAUGUGGAAAGGGUUUUCACCAACUGUCUUCCUGCACCUAUCAUGAAUCCAGGUGUCCCGCCGCAAAUGGCGGGAAGGCAAGGAAACUCAACGCGGAAGAAAAGGCUAUACUCGCCGAGGCCCGGAAGUCAAUUUUGGAGCAAGAAAUAAUUUCAAAUUCCUGUAAACACUGUGCCAAGAGAAUAUUUGGUUCUUUAGCGUCAUUCUCAUUCCACGAGGAUAAAUGUCGCGUCGGAUCACGUACAGAUGUUCAAGAAGGAGAAGAAGUUAUCCGGAGAGGCGUUCGUCUAAUCGACGACUCUGUCGAGCUUUCACUGGUCAAGGUCAAGGAGCCCUACGACAUAAACCUGCACAAGUGCUGGGGGUGCAAUCAGACCUUUCAUCACAGACAACUUGCUCUGGCGCAUAUCCGUGCUGCGCGUCAUGGACACUCUGAUGCUGCUCCGUCCGAAUCAGAAAAGUAGCUUCUACGCAAAUUUUCUUAAAUAAUUGUUAAAUUCUUAAGCGUACAAAACUGAUCUCAGUUUGCUAAUUUAGGAAUUAAUAAUUUUAUUAAUUUUAUUAUUUCCAAUGUACUUUACCCUACUUUUAUAUUUUCGCAGGAUCCGAAAUGUAAAAAUUAGUUUAUAUAUUUAGGAAUAUUUACAUGUUCGUUAUUUACAGCAGUAAAUUCUUCUCAGGUCGAUAAUUGACUUUGUAAAACUGAUCGGUAGUUUUUACUAUAUUAAAACGUUUCAUAUUUCUCCAA